CUGAUUCAGCUCCCACAAUUCAACAGGCAACAAAGGAAGAAAGGAAGGGGCCGAAAGCUACAAAGAGUUAGCCAGCCUAGAUUAAAAGAUGUCACAUUAAUGAGCAACUGUAGUCGUCUAAAUACUCCCGUGAUGAAAGGAAACUAAAAAUUCACCUAUGCUGACUCUUUUAUAUUUUUGUUUUUGGUACAAAAGCGGACUUAAAUGGCAGCGGCGCUAAUGUUUUCCACAUAAAACGCUAACGAAGCUAGGCUAACAUUAGCCAACAAUCGUCCAGGGGCGAAUCUUUUUACGAACGUGUUUUUAAAAGAGUCCAGAAUAAAGUAUUUGGUUUAUUCUCCCUGCAGUACAGCGUAAAGUGGCCAGCAGCAAAUGAAAGGUGGAGGAGGUGGAAUUUGACCCAACCAACUGAGUCACCAUUUUCUCCCAGAUAAUGGGAUUUAUGGCGCCACUGUAUGGAUGACUUGUUCCAUGUGGCCUGAUGGGAGGACGUUGUGGAUAGUGCUUUCAUCAGGAUACCAGGAGAGCCGUCCCAUGCCCCCACUUCGGAGGGCCUGUCAGAAUGAAGAAGAUAAGCCUUAAGACCAUCCGCAAGUCCCUCAACAUAAAGGGCAAGGAGGAGGGUGACUUUGUCAUGCUCCAGCAGCCUUCUGUUACGACAGAGUUUUCCAAGGAAGACUCGCUUUUCGGGGGCUGCUAUACAAAAGAGCUUUCGGGGUGUGAUCUUAGUUGUGAAGACGAGAAAGGAGGCCAGAAAAAGAACAGCACAAAGAGUGAGGGUUUGAUGGGAUCGCUGAAGAGACGGCUGUCGGCCAAGCAGAAGGCCAAAGUAAAAGGUGGCUCUUCUGCUUUAUGCUCUGUGGACGAUGACGACACGUUUUCAUCCUCGUCCGUGCCCAUCAGCAAUGACGUGAUAGCUCAGAGACCUCUGAGAACGGCGUCAUUACGGAGUCACCAUUACAGCCCAUCCCCGUGGCCUCUCCGGUCUGUCAACUCCGAUGAGGCGUGCAUCAAGAUGGAGGUAAAGGUUAAAGCCAUGGUCCACUCUCCCUGUCAAAGCCCCAACUUAAACGGUGUUCGGAAAGAAUUUCAUAGUUUCCAGAUGGAAGAGCUCUUUCAGGACCAAGCGGAGUCCUUAAAGAAUCUCCAGCAACCACAAAACGGUGAGCUGCACCUAAACAUAGAUGAAAAUGAUGUGCCUGUGGUGCUGGGGCUAACCCCCCAGGACUACAUCCAGUACACAAUGCCUUUAGAUGAGGGAAUGUACCCAGAAGGGUCCCACUCCUUCUGCCUGGACAGCUCUACUCCCAUGGAGGUGGUGACGGAGGCGGACAGCGGGCCCAUCCACACAGACCAGGGGCAAGAGGAACAUGACCUGGUCAGUGGGAUGCCUCCGGAUCUCUUCAUGGAAACCUCAAUGAGCAGUUUUCUUCUUGAUUCUGCUGGUAUGAUGCACCAAAGCUCUCGAGUAGAGGUCCAGCCUCCUCUCUCUCCACUCCUACCACCUAUGUCAAGUAACGUACAUAUUCCUAGAACUUUCUCCAGCUUCAGUUCCUCAGACAGUCAGGUAGCUGAAAGAGUAAGGCACCACCUCAACUUUGACCCAAAUUCAGCCCCUGGAGUCAGUCGGGUUUAUGACUCCGUCCAGAGCAGCGGCCCUAUGGUCGUGACCAGCCUGACAGAGGAGCUGAAGAAGCUUGCAAGACAGGGCUGGUACUGGGGUCCCAUCACACGAUGGGAGGCGGAGGAUAAGCUGGUGAAUCUGGCUGACGGUUCGUUCUUGGUCAGGGACAGCUCAGAUGACCGGUACCUGCUCAGCCUGAGCUUCAGGUCACAGAGCAAAACUCUCCACACCCGCAUCGAACACUCCAACGGACGCUUCAGCUUUUACGAGCAGCCUGACGUCGAAGGGCACACGUCCAUUGUGGAUCUAAUUGAACAUUCUAUCAAAGACUCAGAGAACGGAGCUUUUUGUUAUUCCAGGUCUCGCCUACCGGGCUCUGCAACCUACCCCGUCAGACUAACCAACCCAGUAUCUCGGUUUAUGCAAGUGCGCUCCCUGCAGUAUCUUUGCCGCUUCGUCAUUAGGCAAUACACACGGAUCGACCUGAUCCAGAAGUUGCCCCUACCUAACAAGAUGAAAGAUUACCUGCAGGAAAAGCACUACUGAAGACACACACCAGACAGUCGUAGCAAUUUGCACUUUUGUGUUCAGUUAGGAGAUUUGAACAAGGUUUACAGUCACCCACAGUUGAGAUAUUUGUCCCGCUAGUUGAUGAUGUCUUUUGUUUGGUCCUCCAUUCCACUGUUUUCCACUAAUAUAGGCCAGCACAUAAUCUAUUGCAGAGGAUAGAGAACAUUAGUGCAGGCGUUAGGCACUUGUGGUGUUUGCUUAUGGGUAUUAUCCAGCUGUACAAGUAGAGCAGAAUUUCAUAAACGAUCUGCACUAAAGCCGGAGAACUCCUCUAAAUUUGAGAAAUUGUUGCGUUUUUAAUCAUCUGAAUUGUACCUCAGAGAAGAUUUCAAGGUGAAAGUGUGUAGCUACAUCUGGUUUUAAGCUGACUGAUGACUUUUGAACAUCUUUUGCAAAUCAGCUUUCUAGAUUGUCAUUUCUUUUAUGCAUGAUCCAGUUGCAGAGUAGAAUACAGAGGCUUUGUUUUAGACGUGAUGGAAGCUUCUGUUGUGCUUGUGCAUGACUGUUUCCUGGUUUAGUAGAAGAGAUUUGGCUAACCCAACGUCAUCUUUGUCAGACAUGACUGUAUUAAUGUAAUUCCUAAACCUUGUUGGUAAAAUGUUGCAGUAGAGUCAAAGAUUACCGUUAUCAGUACAAUUGUAAAGCAGAAGAUGUCCAAAUGUUGCCAGUCAGUCGGAGGCUCUUCGAUGUAGCUUAAAAUAGUUUGGCUGCAUUUUCCUCGUUCUCGCCUAACGGUACUGAAAAUGCUGGAUUUUUAUGUUGUGCUGUUAGUGAAAACGGCACCAACAAAGUGUAUGUCUUUUCAAAAUCUUCUAACAUUAACAAUAAAAUGUUCUGCAUUAGGAAUGUUGCAAACUCUGCACCUCAGCUCAGGCCUAACGACGGUUUUCACUAUCUAAUGCUUGUAUUUGCAUGUGGUAAAGGCUUUAGGACUGUCAAAGAUGCAGCGUUGUCUGGUGAAAGGAUGUGUGAAGGUAACCAGGAGAGUGCACAAUUGAAUUUACCUUUGGCGGUCUCUAUUUACAGAACGCUGUCCCUCAGUCCCCCUGCAGCUGAAAAAUGAUCCGUUGAGUUAAAUCUAAAUGUUGUGACGACUUUUAUUCUAAGCUUGCCAAUAUUUGGACUCGAGUCAAGACACAGAAGAGCUGAGCUUGGUUUUAUUUAUGUUUUAAGAACAUAUUCAUUUCAAAAGCAUUUUGUUUUUCCCUCUUUUGAUUGUUUUCCAUCACAAAUCUGAUCUACCCCACAUAUUCUCUCUCUACUGGACCCUUAGUGUCAAAGGGAAGAGCACACCUAAUGUUACACAAGUGCUUUAUUUGGAUACUUGACAGGGAUUGUUUCACAAUAUGAAUGAGAAUUCUUGUUUUGUAUGUCAGUGCCCUUAAUUCAAAGUAUUUGGGAAAUGGGCUCGGUAGUCUAGAGCGUAGAUUUAGCGGUAGUUAGCUGGAAGUGUGGGACGUUACCCUGAAUCUAGCACAGCAAGAGUUAGAUAGGAACCUUGAGAGGUGUCGCAUGUUUAAAGAUGUUUUUAAGCUUUGAGUUGUAUAGGAAUGAAGGAUUUAAGAUGCGUGUUUGGUUGUGUAGAGGUGUUUUCGUGUCACAUGAACAUUGGCUGGACAUUCAUCGUUUUUUUUUCUCCUUUAUCUUCUGAUCUUUGGGUGAUGUAAGUUUGAUGUUGUGACAUUUGCCAUCUGGGGGAUUGAACUGUACAAAAGGAAUGUACGCGUGUUUGAGGUAUUCAUUUUAUCUGCCUGCAGACAGAAAGCUUGGGAACACAAAAAAUGUACUCCAUUGACACAUCAUUUGCACUUGAACAUUUCUCUGCCUCGAGUUACCCCUCAGAUGGUGAUUAAAAAAAAGGUCACAUUUGUGUAACUGUAACAUUUAGAAAAUGGUUUGGUGGGAUCUAAGGGCGAGACUGUAGCUCAACAGGCUGCCAAGGUGAGACGAUGACAAGAAUGUGGAUGUAAAUUUUGAUUUGACCCUUUUGUUUUUGUGUAUGUGUUGGAGUAAAAAUGUGAAGGUCAUUUUAAACACAAUGUUCUUUUAGUUGUAUUCCCAUUUUAAUUUGAAACUGUUCAUCCGAUUUUGGCGAGCAGAAGCCAGUUUCAGAAGCUGCUGUGAGUUCACUGCAAACUAGCUCAUUAAUAAGCAUUAUUGCCUUCAGUGUUUGAUUCCAGAGGUUGAUGCUUGUUCAGACUGCAGAUCCGAUUCUGAAUUAAUAACAGCACUUGACAAGCUCCACCCUCUUUUUUCCUUUUUUUUUUACCCAUACAUCUCAUCAAGGAGAGGUUAUCGUUUACAUUAUUAUGUUUGGACAUACCCUCUCAUAUGAUCAUCUUGGUACAAUUAUUGUAAUAAAUCUUUUCUUGUGUUUUACACAUCUGUGCUGCUUACAGAUAUGAUUGCCUUUCUUGUAUGUUACAGCGGGGAAAUCGAAUGUCGCCUCUGUAGACGUAUGUACAUACGUGUCUUUAUAUUUUGGGAGAGCAAUUCAGAUUUAACCACCGUAGCCCGUUGGAAGAUGAUUAGUAGGAUCUCCGUAGAAUAACCAGUGCACUCCAGUUUACAUUGGUUGUCCACUUUCCAAAGUAGAUUGUGUUUUUGUAUUUUCUGUUUUUGGGCGGAAAAAAAAAUCAAUGAUUUCUUGCACAUUUUGGAUACAGUUCAAGAGUUUUUUGUAUCUGCCAAUUAUAAAUUAUAAAUAAAACUAUAUUCUAAAAAAUAGUGGUUUAUUGUGUCAAGUAUCAUGGAAUAAAGAGAAUUUGGUGCCAUUUUGAAGUGUGUAAAAGUAUAUAAUCAUUUCAUCAUAAAUAUCUUUAAAUGGGUACAAUCUGAAUUUCAAACCACUUCAUGUGUCUAAACCUUUUAACUGCUGUCAGAAAUAAUCCUUGAAUGCACCAAAGGGCUAUGUCCUGAUGCUUAAGGCAAUGCAUUCACCUGCAAAUGGCCAUAAAAUUUUAUGCAAUGCAGUUAACAAAAAAUACCCUUCACAUCAGGUGAACCAACAAAAAAUCAAUCUGCUUGCAAGAGAAAAAAAAAUGAAGAGGGCUGGAAAAGCCCCACCCAGUGGACACCAGCUGGUAACCACACAAAACUCAUUAAAACACACAAGAUAGCUCCCCAUCUUAAACCAAAAGAAUGUAAAAAGACACACAAUGUGAAGUUCCUAAAAUGUUGAACUACCAUCACUUGGAAUAAAGCUAAGU